UUACGAAAAGAACAAAGAUCUGUUUAUGGUCACAUGGUGAGAAACACAAUGAGAUGGUUAUGGUGACAACUCCCAUUUGGUUAUAAAGUGAAGCAUAAAGUGCAUAUCUGUAGCUCUGUAUGGCCAUGUGAUGAAAGAAUGAAGAGUCUCUGGGUGGUUGUGGUGGCAGGAUUUAUAUUCUCUCUACUGCAGAUUGGAACUUGUCAAUGUGAUGUUGUGAGGCUAGCUGCAGCAGUACAUGAGACACUGAGUCCAUUCAUGACUGAAAUGAGGGAAGAUCUUAGCAGAAUUGAAGGUAAAGUUGAUUCUCUGAGUGGAGAUAUUGAAGAACACAAGAACAAGACGGCUGCUGAACACAGUAUGACAGUGACGACUGUGCACUCUGAACUGGAGCGAAAUGUACUGACCAAUGUUACAAAGGAACUGAAGAAGACUGCUGACUAUAUACUUGAACAACUACCCCCAUAUGAGUGUGGAGGUACAGGAGGUUGGAGACGUGUGGUCUACCUGAACAUGACAGACCCCAACACCAACUGUCCCUCUGGCUGGCAGCUCACUAGUCACUCCAAGAGGACCUGUGGUAGAGUUAACACCAGCAUUCUCUCUUGUGACUCAGUCUUGUUCCCUGUCGGUGGAGAUGACUACACUAGUGUGUGUGGCUCUAUCAGAGCCUACCAGUAUUACCGGGUUGAUGGAUUUCAGGCCUACCAUCUUGGACGUGUGACCACAAUAGAAGGAGCCUAUGUUUCAGGUGUCAGUCUCACACAUGGCAGUCCACGACAACACAUCUGGUCAUUUGCUGCUGCUACUACUGAGACCUCAACUAACAAUGAAGGAUGUCCUUGUACAGGUUCCAGUUAUACCGCCCCACCAUUUGUGGGUGGAGACUACUUCUGUGAAUCAGGAGUCAACUCAGGAUUAGUUAUUAGAGUCUUCUAUCCAGAUGAUCCUCUCUGGGAUGGAGAUGGUUGCAGUAGCAGCAGUAGCUGUUGCUCAUUCAACAAUCCUCCAUACUUCACUAAGACACUCCCCAGCCCCACCUCUGACCCUAUAGAGGCCAGACUGUGUCGAUGGAACAGUGGUGAUGAUUCUCCGGUUGAGUUCAUGGAACUCUAUGUCAAGUAGAAAAACACUGAGACUAUGAAGUGAUGGACUCUGUGUAGUUGUGUAGUUAUUGUUCUCAGUGGUAUAUCAGUUUAGAGGUAUGCAACUGUCUCAUAUACAUCCU